AUGGUCUUCUACGAGCUCUUCUGCAUCUCCAGGACUCGCCUUGUCGAGGCCAACUUGAAGGAUCUGGUCAAGCAGACCUCAUUGAUCGUCAUGAACAAGGGCGGUGUCGUCAGGAAUCUGAAGCCCCUGGGCGAGAAGCAACUCCCAUACCGUAUCCGGAAACAUCAAGAACACCAUGUGCAAGGAUACCAAUGGCUAAUGCAAUUUGAUGCAAACCCGACUGUGGUCAACGAGCUCAACAAGCGUCUUAAGGUUGAUCCUCGUGUGCUCCGUCACGCCGUCAUUCGUCUCGGCUCCAAGCUCGAAGACAUUGUCGCCUCGGCCGAGAAGACUGGCACCCGCGUUUAA